AUAAGAUUCAUUCCAGAAGUGGAGGACAUUUGGACAUGAACACUUUUGAAACAUAAACCCUUUACUUUCUAGUUUUCUGUUAUGUAAAGAAAGCAUUUGGGCCGGCUCAGGCAUCGAUUGGCACAUAGUUUAUUAGAUGUUUUAUCUGUUGCUUUUAAAAAGUUCUUAAUGGUGGGUUAAAACUUUAAAAUCCUUGGAAAACUAUUUCAUAAAUGUCGAUUAACUCAUUAUCUAACUAUAAUGUAAACCCGGUUGGUUGUGUUCAUUUUGAGUUGAUGGUUAAGAAAAAGGGUUCAUUUUGGCAACCUUAACAUGCUUAGCCAACUGGUGCCAAUAAAAAAAGGCAAAUCAUUUUCUGGGAAAGUACAGUAAUACAUUUAAAACAUGUAAAUGAUGCUUUAUUAUUUUUAAAUAUUUAAUUUUAUUUAAGAUAGUAAAGUGUACUGCAGGAAAUGCAACCCUGCAACUGUUAUUACUCAAAUUAUAGGGUUGAAAAUGAAUGGCACAAAACAAUGCAUGGAAAAGUGUACUUAUUUUUGAGGAUAUGUACUGAGCUGUAAGUUAAAAACAUUAGGAGUUCAUUUGACAAUCCUCAAAGUGUAGUGAAAUAGGACUAGUCAUGUGAAUGGAAACUAAAGAGUUACAUUUUUAGCAAGAAGUGUAAAGUCUCAGAGCAGGGAGGGGGGGGUGCAGCUGGAACUGAACUUAACUUGGAGUUCAGGACAAGCUUUCAAAGAGCACAGCUGCUUCUUAAACCUGCUACUUCACAGAUAUGGCAACAGCCAGCAGUCUGUUGUCCGAGGAGAAGUUCCUAUGUUCCAUCUGCCUGGAAGUGUUCACUGAGCCGGUUACAACGCCAUGUGGACACAAUUUCUGCUCUGCAUGUAUCCACAAGUACUGGGAUGGCAGUGAUGUUUGCCAGUGUCCACUGUGCAAAAGAACCUUCUCUCAAAGACCUGAACUACUCGUCAACACCUUUAUUUCUGAGUUAGCUGCUGAGCUUAAGACGUUAGUUCAAAUCAAAGGCCCAGCAACAGACCCACCACUUCCUGGAACAGCAGCCAUCCUUUGUGAUUUCUGCUCUGAGAUGAAGGGAAAUGCAGUGAAAUCCUGCCUGACCUGUUUAAUGUCUUUCUGUGAAAUGCACCUCGAGCCACACCAGAGAGUUGCUGCUCUCAAGAGUCACACCCUGUUAGACCCUGUGAACAAUCUUGAUGACAGAAUGUGCAAAGUGCACAACAAGUUAACAGAACUGUACUGUAGGACUGACCAGACCUCUGUUUGUGUCAUGUGUAUGAAAACCGAUCACAAGAGUCACAAUGUUGUCCCAAUCGAGGAAGAAUUUGAGGUAGUGAUAGCAAAAAAAGAUGACACCAUGGUAAAUUUAAAAAAGAUGAUACAAUCCUGGUCUAAGAAGAUAGCUGAGAUAGAAAACUCUGUUGAUGUGAGCCAGAAAGAAGCAGAGAGAGAGAAAGAAGCCAGUGUGCAGGUCUUCACCGACCUGAUCAGAUCCAUUCAGAGAAGCCAGGCUGAGCUUGUUGAGGUGAUUGAGGAGAGGUGCAGAGCAACAAAGCAGAAGGCUGACAGGUUUCUCACAGAUCUGAGGAUGGAAGUUGCAGAUCUCCAGAGCAGAAGCAGCCAGCUUGAGCAGCUGUCACAGUCUGAGGAUCACCAUCAAUUUGUUCUGACUUUCCCAAACCUGUGCUCUCCUUUAAACAAGGACUGGACCAACAUUGGUAUCCACUGCGAUUUGUCCUUCGAGGCAGUGAGAGGUGCUGUGGAUCUGCUGAAACAGAACGCUGAUCAAAUACUGGAGGAGGUUCCUGAGAUCAAGAUGAAAAGAAUGAGGGAACAUGCAGUGGACUUGACCUUUGACCCUGACACAGCAUAUUGCUCACUUGUCAUAAGCCAGGAUGGAAAACAGGUGGUAAAUGCAGACACAGAGCAGAACCUUCCCUCCAAUCCAAAGAGAUUUGAAGUGUGUCCGAAAGUUCUGUCAAAGGAAGGGUUUACAGCAGGGAAGUUUUACUAUGAGGUGCAAGUGAAGGGAAAACCAAAAUGGUUUAUUGGAGUGGUGAGAGAGUCCUAUGAAAGAAAGAAGCCAAUAGGUAUGUCACCAAAAUACGGUGGCUGGUCCAUUGGUCUUAAUAAGGGAUCAUACUAUGCAUGUACAGAACAAAUAGCUGACAUUACACUGAAAGAAAAGCUUCAGAAGGUGGGCGUCUUUGUGGACUAUGAUAAGGGAGUGGUUUCUUUCUAUGACGUGAACUCUAAAUCACAUAUGCAUUCUUUUACUGGCUUCCACUUUACAGAGAAAAUGUAUCCAUACUUCUACCUUCUAACAUACGACAAUGGAACAAACUCUGCCCCUCUCAUCAUAUCCCCUGUACUGCAAACACACUGAGUUCAUUACUUCUUUAAAGACCACAGAAAACAUUGGUCUCACAUUGGUAAACACCUCUUUAUCCUCUAGAUUACAUUAAGUAUCUAUGACACUUUCAAUCUGUGAUGGAUAUGUGAAAGAAGUAAGACACAGCUUCAUCAUUAGCACCCCCCCUUUCCCUAUAAUGGUCUUUACUGUAUGAGUGUUGAUGUAAACUAAAGACACUAAUGCUACAUAAUGUUGUCUGAUCCUGUUGUAUCAUGGUGGCUGAGGUUAUCAAUGUCAUUUAUCUGGAUUUAAUUACAUUUUAGUUUCAUUUAAAUAUGUCAGAUGAACAUAUCUGAAGUUUGAGAUUUAUUUUUGUUGCUUUUAGUCAUUUAUUGUUUUAUACAGUCAAAUGUAAUAUGCCUGCAAAAUCACAUGUCAUUUUUGAAUCACUUAAAGGGAUAUUACUUGAAAUACCAGUCCUUAUAAAUUAAUAUUGCUGUUUUUGUGUGAAUUCAAAGGGGCUUUUGUGUAUUUGACAAAUGUUGCUGAGUUCACUGCACAUGUGUACUAGUUCUGUUGUUUCAUUUCUACAAUAUUAAACUCAU